AUGGCGGCCGGCGGCGGCUCGGGGCGCGGUGUCGGGUCGGUGUCGGUGUCGUGUCGGUGCAGGGUGGUGUCGGGUUCGGGGGGAUCCUGCGGCGCUGGGCGCCCCGGGCGCUCCCGCUCUCCGCCCUCCCCGCCAGGUGUGUCGGAACAGCGGACGCGGCCCCGGCCCGCUCCGGGCCCGCUCUGGCACCGCGGCCGCUCGAGAGGGACGCGGCGCCCGACAGCGGACCCUCUGGUUGCUCAGCAGCCACAGCCCCUUCUCAUCUCUCUUUAUGUGAAAAGCGCAGUGAUUACUUUUAGAAAAAGAUGUUUCAUUCCUGUUUUAUUUUUCCCCUGUUUUGGGGGUUGUUUUUUCUUUAGUGUCACACCUCUACUUCCAAGUAUACUCCAGCAGCCAGCGAGGACUCUCACCUACUACGGCCUACGGAAGGGGAAGAGGAAAAGCGUGAAAGCUGUUGUCAAAAGGUUCCUCCGGCUGCACAACGGCCUCUGGGUUAGGAGAAAGGCUGGUUACAAGAAGAAGCUGUGGAAGAAGUCGGCUUCCCAGAAGAAGCGUCUGAGGGAGUUCGUGCUGUGCAACAGAACACAGUGUAAACUCCUGGAUAAAAUGACCACUUCCUUCUGGAAAAGGAGGAACUGGUACGUUGAUUAUCCCUACCAGAAGUAUCAGGAUCGCACGAAUCUUCAGGUGUAGAAACCUCAGGUUGGUUUUUGCCCCUCUCUAGGAAGGAGGAAGUGGUUGUGUGCCAUGCUCUGAAUGUUGGAACAUAAAUGUCCAAUGCCUGUAACUUUUCUAAAUAAACAUGUGCAUAUCAUCUGAGCGGAAUUAUGGGAAUCAAUGCCCAAAAUAAAGGAACAUCCAAUAUUCUCUUCA